AUGAAGCCAUCACGGUUGUCCGCUGAAUUCUCAGUGCCUGCAAGCCUCUUAAGCUCUAGAGUACGCAUGAGAGCUUUCAUCCCUUCGCAGGGCAGGCCUGGCAACGGCUCCCAACACACAUUCACAGAAUUCGAGCACCAGUCCCCUAUCGCGGGGGACAUUCGUUAGCCGCUUCAAAUCAGACGGUGGCAGAUCAGAUGAGCGCUCGACGGUACGCGCUGGCCUUGCGGUCCGUCAUGAUGCGAAAAUGCCCCCGAGACAAAGCAACAAACUGCAACCCGCAAAUGACAAUGAUUACCACAAUAUAUCACGUUGAUCGCCUCAGAUAUGCUUGAUAUUGAUGAUAUCUGAAUCUUGCGCACGUCGG